AUGGGGUCAGCUCUGGAAUCAGAGGCGGAGGCGUUGCGAUGGGCAAUCUAUACAAUGAAUGGGUUUGGGUAUAAAAAGGCGAUCUUCGAGACGGAUUCUCUUGUGCUGAAGAGUAUGAUCUACGAAGAGGAAGAGAUCUGGCCAAGAAUGCGACCUAUUAUCCAAGACAUCAAGGCCUCAUUGACAAGUCAAAGGGAGUAUGAAGUGGUUUACUAUCCAAGAAGUGGAAACAAAGUUGCUGAUAGAAUAGCGAAGGAGACUGCUACGUUUACGUCCAUUGUCCCUAAGUUGUAUUCUAUUAUGCCUGUAUGGUUGAGUUCAUGA